CAGCUCCGGGAGAGGCUCAGCCCGGCGCCCGCGCCCCGCGCCCGCAGCCCGCCCAGGCGGAGUCAGCCCGCGCUCCGCCCGCCGCGCUCCGGGCUCGGAGGUCCGGUCUCCGGGCUCGCCGCCUCCGGGGCCGGCUCCGCACCCCCGCGCCCCGCGCCCCGCGCCCCCGCGGGCGGAGCGCACCAUGCCGCAGCUGGACUCGGGCGGGGGCGGCGCGAGCGGCGGCGACGACCUCGGCGCGCCGGACGAGCUGCUGGCCUUCCAGGACGAGGGCGAGGAGCAGGACGACAAGAGCCGCGACAGCGCCGUGGGCCCCGAGCGCGACCUGGCCGAGCUCAAGUCGUCGCUGGUCAAUGAGUCCGAGGGCGCGGCCGGCGACGCUGGGGUCCCGGGGGCGGGCGCCAGGGCCCGCGGCGAGGCCGAGGUCGGGGCCGAGGCUCUCGGGCGGGAACACACUUCGCAGAGACUUUUCUCCGACAAACUUCCAGAGUCUCUGGAAGAUGGCCUGAAGGCCCCGGAGUGCGCCAGCGGCAUGUACAAAGACACCGUCUACUCCGCCUUCAAUCUGCUCAUGCACUACCCACCCCCCUCGGGAGCAGGGCAGCACCCCCAGCCGCAGCCCCCGCUGCACAAAGCCAGUCAGCCUUCCCACGGCGUCCCCCAGCUCUCUCCUCUCUAUGAACAUUUCAGCAGUCCGCACCCCACACCUGCACCAACUGACAUCAGCCAGAAGCAAGGAGUUCACAGGCCGCUGCAGACCCCUGACCUCUCCGGCUUCUACUCUCUGACCUCGGGCAGCAUGGGACAGCUCCCCCACACCGUCAGCUGGUUCACCCACCCACCCCUGAUGCUAGGCUCGGGUGUACCUGGUCACCAUGCUGCCAUCCCCCACCCAGCCAUUGUGCCCCCUUCAGGGAAGCAGGAACUGCAGCCCUAUGACCGCAGCCUGAAGACGCAGGCAGAAUCCAAGGGAGAGAAGGAAGCCAAGAAGCCAACCAUCAAGAAGCCACUCAACGCCUUCAUGCUGUACAUGAAGGAGAUGAGAGCCAAGGUCAUUGCAGAGUGCACGCUCAAGGAGAGUGCUGCUAUCAACCAGAUACUGGGCCGCAGGUGGCACGCGCUGUCGCGGGAAGAGCAGGCCAAGUAUUAUGAGCUGGCCCGCAAGGAGAGGCAGCUGCACAUGCAGCUAUACCCAGGCUGGUCGGCGCGGGACAACUAUGGGAAGAAGAAGAGGCGGUCAAGGGAAAAGCAUCAGGAUUCCAACACAGACCCUGGCUCGCCUAAGAAAUGCCGUGCUCGCUUUGGCCUCAACCAGCAGACGGAUUGGUGUGGUCCGUGCAGGAGGAAAAAGAAAUGCAUUCGGUACUUACCCGGAGAAGGCCGCUGCCCCAGCCCCGUUCCUUCCGAUGACAGUGCUCUAGGCUGCCCCAAGUCCCCAGCCCCCCAGGACUCACCCUCAUACCUCCUGCUGCCCCACUUCCCCACAGAACUGCUCGCUAGCCCUGCGGAGCAGCGCCUACAUCACCAGGUCUCUCAGCCGCCCUCAGCCUCCCAGCCCCCUGGGCCCCCUAGGCCUCUCACAGCGACCUGCAGAGUACACAGGUACAGCAACCGCAAUCGCAGAGAAAGGCAGCCUAGCGUGCACGGGACACACAGCUUCCUCCAGGAGCCCACUCUCUGAGAAGAGACGGCAGAGCCCCAAAGCACGUGGAAACCGGCCAGGGGCCCUGUUAACUCUCUCUCAGGGUCCCAGCCCCAGAGAGUUCAGAGGCUGCCCAACUUCUGCCUGAACCUGGGGCCAUCAAUUCAAACUGCUCCAAGUAGCUGGCAUCAGGUCUGUGCUGUGUCAUCUGAUUCAGAGCAUCCCUCAUGCCUCUGGCAGACUGCAUCUAUUUCUACCAUCUGUCUUGCUAGCCAAAUGCCCCUGAUCCCCUUUCUGCUUUAGUCUAUAGAUGGGCUGGACUGAGCCAAACUGCUUUCCCUAUCCCACCCCAGCCCCAUCCCUGCCACGCCCUCCCCAUACCAGAUACUUCAUGGACCAAGAAAGAGCUGGGUUACCCAACAACACGUGAGCAGGUCACAACCACAAAGCUCAAGACGACAGUGCUUCUCCCUCAAGGGCCUGGAGAAGCCCUGUUUACAGAAAAUCAGCUGCUGUCUGUAAGCUGGACCAGGGGAAGCCUUUUGCCACAUUCUCAGGACCUUACAAGAAGAGAAGUGAAUGGAACAGGUUAGGUUUAGACCUAUCACAAGGGUAACAGGAAUAACCUGACACUACCUUACAGACAAGUGGGGGCGGGGGCGGGGAAUGUUCCAGUUUAAAUCACUUGGAAAUGUUCCUGAGAAACUCAACCGCCUAAGAAGCCCUGAUAACAAAUGCCCCAGUCACUAGAGGCUGCAACCAACAGUUCAACUAAGUCAGGGCUUGAAAUCCAGCAUGCACCCCUACCCACUUUUGAGAGCCUUUCUCAUGACUGAUUUCCCAUUCAUUCACUGUCUAGCCAGCUCUUAAACAGUUGUGAGAGGGGCAAACCACACCUCACACCGAGCCAGUGCCUAUCUUCUAGCAUGAACCUAGGUUCCCUGUGAGGCUGCAGGAAGGAAGACCGUGAUAACCAAAGCAAGAAGCCCAAAAAAAUCUCCUAUAGUGGACAGUGGGUUUUCACCACAGCCUACUUUAACCCAUUUCUGAGCCAAGCUUCAACCCUGAGCCUUACACAAUAUUUUUUUUUUUUGGCCACUCACGGCAGGUAGAAGUUUCUAGACCAGGGACUGAACCUGCACCACAGCAGUGACCCAAGCCACUGCAGUGAAAAUGCCAGGUCCUUAACCCACUGAGCCACAAGACAACUCCAAACAAUCUUUAAAAUUUAACUUAGUUGGAGUUUUGUUUUGACUGUACAUAGCCUGAACAGCAAAGAAAAAGGGCUAUCCCCAUACCCCACACACCCCUCAACAAAAGCCUUUAGUUCUUUCUUUAGCCACUGGCUUCUCAGAAUCCAAAGAGCCUAUGUUCUAGUUUAGCGCCACAAGAAUUCUUGGGAGAAAAAAGGACCACUGUAGUAUUCAAAAUAUUUUUGUAUUGUUAAUGCGUAUCAUAGAAGAACUUUUCUGACAUGAGAAUAAAGAUACUUUUUACUGGGUUUCUUUUUCGAAGCUUGACCCUGAGGAAUAAGCUGUUUCAAUAACAAGAGGAUGACAUGUUCCUCUGCUUCUCCACAGCCACCAAACAUGAGCUUUACUCUUAGUACGCAUGUUCUCAAGAAUCAACCCACGCAAGCCAGGGAUUACUCCCGUCCCCUCUCCUUAAGGGCCAUGGGCACUGCUCCAACCCAGACAACAGGGCUCAUCGAGGUGUAAGCUCCCGUUCCACGCCCUGAUCUUAACCCCCUAAUCCUCUGGCCUCACACCUGAUGCAGGCACAGGCCCGCCUGCCUCCACCGCUCAUUUGAGAAUGGGGUGGAAACUGGUACCUACGGUCCUUAAGCCCCAACCAGAGAGAGAAGCACAUCACCACCAGGUUCCAGUUUCCUCUGAAGGCAGAGAGAAAAGAAAACACAAGUAUACAUCCUAUUUUGAGGAAAACAAAACACAGGCAUCUUUUAUAACCUGGUAUCAUCAUAAAAUCUAUAAGGAAGGUAUUUUAAAUAGCACCCUUUCCUCCCAAAGACUGUUUAAGGUACAUGAAGCAUUUCCUAAAGUAUUUCUGUUAACUUCUCGAGCCCCGUCAUGAAUGUAAAAGGCGUCAUAAAGCCAGCGCAGUCAGUCAAGCAGCAGAUAUAAAUGUUGGGCAAGAAGUUAUCACAACCAGGCACGGGGCCACUGUCAUGUAUUGUAAUUUCCAUUUCACUGAGUUACACUUUUUGAAUUUUAUGUUUAAAAAUAUUUAUAAAUAAAGUCAUCUUCCAGAGUAGUGUCUAUUUAAAGUAGGCCACUGGAAGUUGUAAUCCUA